UCAGUCCCCUUUCGCCCUUCGCCCUUCGCCCUUCAUGUUCAACUUACGAUCACUCCUUACUGCAUUGCCAUCACCAAUAGUAGGAGGCGGCGCUGCUCUCAGAGCCCCAUUGACCAUGGCUAAAUCAUCCAUGUCCAUCUCUGCCAUUACAGCUGUUAUCCGACAGCAGAACCAACAACAAAUCCGCUCAAUGGCUUCUCUUAACCAAGUCAUGCGCGGCUGUCGCAAAACAUUCAAAAAGGAGUCCAAGUCCCCAGCCCUUGAUGCUUGCUUUCAAAAGAAAGGUGUUUGUGUUCGUGUCUUCGUGCAAAAGCCUCGUAAACCCAACUCAGCUGUCCGCAAAGUCGCUCGUGUAAAGCUUUCGAACGACAAAGUCGUUAAUGCUUAUAUUCCUGGAGAGGGCCACAACUUACAGGAGCAUUCAGUAGUCUUGGUCCGUGGUGGCCGUGUCCCCGAUCUACCAGGAGUUCGUUAUCAUUUGGUCCGGGGAGCCAUGGAUCUGCAAGGCGUCGCCAGCAGGCGCACCUCAAGAUCAAAAUACGGUACCAAGAAGCCAAAGAAGGCUGAGUAGAAGUUAAUAUGAAUGCAUAGAGAUAAACAACACCCUGGUCACAGUUUGUGAGGCAUUGAGUUUGCAAGGGGGAUGGAAUUGAAUCCCAGCAUUGUAAUAAAUUCAUCAUUAUCAACAUCAGCAGGAUUUCUCUCACCACGUCAGCACAUAAACAACAAAUCGAAAGUAGAGAUAUGUAUACAGCUACCAUUUCUUAUUUUUUGUCAGAGGAUCCUCCUUUCUAUACUUGUUUAUUAUUGACUAUCAAGCCAUCCACGGAACGCAGUAUAAUUACUCUCGAGGUCGAACUCCAACUGUCUUUUUUCACUUGUGGUCAAUUGAUCACUAGCUUUCAUGCUAUUCAGCUUAAU